AUGGUUAUGGAGAAACUUGUGAUAGACCCUAUGGCAGUAGUGAAUCAUGCGCUAUUCCUUCAUAGAGUUUUUAUGCAACUGCAGAUUUCCAGUGAAAAUGAGAGGCAACAAAUCUGUAGAUGGAAACCACCUUCAUCAAGUUUCUUGAAAUUAAAUGUAGAUGGUGCUGUUUUUGCAGAUGGCAAUAAAGCUGGUGUUGGUUUGGUUUUGAGAGAUGAAAAUGGUAAAGUGGUCUGGGCGGCGACUAAAGCUGAAGAUGCUGUGGAUGCACCCGUUACUAUUGAACUGAUUGCUGUGUUAAGAGGUUUACAACUGUGUCAACCACUCGGUAUUCCAAAUCUGGUGGUAGAAACAGACUGCUUAUCUUUGGUUCAAGAGCUACAAGGUACUCAAGAGUCUUUUUCUCCAAACGGAAAUCUAAUCAAGGAUGCAAAGGAAUUGAUGAGGCAUUUUCCAGAACUGCAAGUUCAACAUGUUUAUAGGGAUGGUAAUAGGGUAGCUCAUAAUUUGGCACGUUUUGCUUGGAUUAUUGAUGAUAUUAUUAUGUGGUGGGACUCUGUCCCAGGUUUUGUAGAUCAUGCCCUUUGGUUUGAUCAAGCUGCUAUGUAUUGA